UGAGUCCCGCCCUCCAGGUGGCCCCCAUGGGACAAGAUGCUAAACGCCGCCCCCUGCACUGGGGCCCACCAACGUGGCCGCAGACUUUGCAUAGAAAACCUUUCUAAUCCCGCCAGCCUGGUUUCCCCGCCCCUGCCGGCGACCUGCGGGGGACCGGGCUGUGUCUGCAGUGUCUACACCCCCUCCUCACACGCAUUUCACCUGGGUCGGGAUUCUCAGGUCAUGAACGGUCCCAGCCACCUCCGGGCAGGGCGGGUGAGGACGGGGACGGGGCGUGUCCAACUUGCUGUGGGCUCUUGAAACCCGAGCAUGGCACGGCACGGGGCAAUGGGCGCGUUUGGGGCCCUGUGCGGCCUGGCGCUGCUGUGCGCGCUCAGCCUGGGUCAGCGCCCCACCGGGGGUCCCGGGUGCGGCCCUGGGCACCUCCUGCUUGGGACGGGAACGGACGCGCGCUGCUGCCGGGUUCACACGACGCGCUGCUGCCGCGAUUACCCGGGCGAGGAGUGCUGUUCCGAGUGGGACUGCAUGUGUGUCCAGCCUGAAUUCCACUGCGGAGACCCUUGCUGCACGACCUGCCGGCACCACCCUUGCCCCCCAGGCCAGGGGGUACAGUCCCAGGGAAAAUUCAGUUUUGGCUUCCGGUGUAUCGACUGUGCCUCGGGGACCUUCUCCGGGGGCCACGAAGGCCACUGCAAACCUUGGACAGACUGCACCCAGUUCGGGUUUCUCACUGUGUUCCCUGGAAACAAGACCCACAACGCCGUGUGCGUCCCAGGGUCCCCGCCGGCAGAGCCGCUUGGGUGGCUGACUGUCGUCCUCCUGGCCGUGGCCGCCUGCGUCCUCCUCCUGACCUCGGCCCAGCUUGGACUGCACGUCUGGCAGCUGAGGAGUCAGCGCAUGUGGCCCCGAGGUCUGUCACAGCCUGGUGGGGGGAGGUGGGAGCAUGGCUGCCUGCUGACCGUGGCCCCCCUGCAGAGACCCAGCUGCUGCUGGAGGUGCCCCCGUCGACUGAAGACGCCAGCAGCUGCCAGUUCCCCGAGGAAGAGCGCGGCGAGCGAUCGGCAGAGGAGAAGGGGCGGCUGGGAGACCUGUGGGUGUGAGCCUGGCCGUCCUCCGGGGCCGCCGACCACAGCCAGCCCCUCCCCAGGAGCUCCCCAGGCCGCAGGGGCUCUGCGUUCUGCUCUGGGCCAGGCCCUGCUCCCCUGGCAGCAGAAGUGGGUGCAGGAAGGUGGCAGUGACCAGCGCCCUGGACCAUGCAGUUCGGCGGCUGUGGCUGGGCCCUGCAGGAGGGAGAGAGAGACACAGUCAUGGUCCCCUUCCUCCCUUGCUGGCCCUGAUGGGGUGGGGUCUUAGGACGGGAGGCUGUGUCCGUGGGUGUGCAGUGCCCAGCAUGGGACCUGGCUGCAGGGGGCCUUCAAUAAACACUUGUCCAGUGACCUGAGUGGAUGCAUGCUAGGU